AUGUUAAUCAGUGCAAUGACUCCACGAGAACGCAACUCGCUCAUUCACAACGACAGCGACUUGAGCGACCAGGCAAAGUUCGAAUUCUUGAAGCAGGCUCUCAAAGGAAAAGCAGCUGCUUCAAACAACAGCAUCCCAGUUAUGGGAGAGUAUCCUGUAGCCGUGAAGAUCCUGAAGAAACACUAUGACAUAUCAGCAAGCACGCCACCAGGACGCAACUAG